AAAUAACUAAAACAAGUUAUUAGUUUUUAAAUUUAGAUAAGUUGAUACAAUGUUUAAUCGAUAUUCUUCCGAUGAGAUAGAGCUAAAAAAUGCAGCCAGUCAGGAUUUAAAAACAGACGAAAAGGAUAACAAAUCUAAUGGUUGUUUAAGAAACGGUAGAAAAUAUUUAACAACCUAUUUGCAAGAAGGAAAUAUUCAUGGGCUUAAGUAUUUAGCAGAAAGAAGAACGGCAAUUGAGAAAAUAUGGUGGUUAAUAGCUCUCAUAGUAGCUUUAUAUGGCUGUAUAACACUUAUUUUACUGACCUAUAAGAAAUGGGAAACAUCACCAGUUAUAGUGAGUUUUGCCACUAAGGAAACGCCCAUUUUUGACAUACCUUUUCCAACUGUUACUAUAUGUCCAGAGGUUAAAUCCAGAACUACUAUUUUUAAUUACACUGACAUACUUUAUAAGAAGCAAGACGGUGUUAAAUUAGAUAACCAAACAGAGUUACAAUUUGCCUAUAUGUCUGAAAUAUGCACAUUCCAUAAAGAGUUAAAAUACCCAGUUCCAAAGUAUUUUGACAACAGUAUCUAUGAUUUUUACCAAGACGUAUCCCCAAACUUUUACGAUGACGUAAGUGACUGUAUGUUUAUGGGUUCAAACUACAAUUGUUCAGACAUUUUUAAACCUAUUGUAGUGGAUGAAGGACUCUGCUAUGCUUUUAACUUGUUGGAUAGAUCUGAUAUGUUAAAUGAUAAUGUAGCUGUUUAUAAAAAUUUGCAUAAAAUGUCAGACCAAAAAGCUGCAUGGUCUUUAAAUGAAGGGUAUACAAGCCUUAAAGGUAGAGAUAUCUACCCAAAGAGAGCGUUGUAUGCAGGAGCCUUAUUUUCAUUGGAACUUAAGUUUAAAGUUGAAGAUAAAAAUUUAGAUUUUACUUGUGGAACAUCUAUUCAAGGAUACAAGAUCCAAAUUCAUCAACCUUCAAUGUUGCCACGUCCAAAAAACCAACAUUUCCGUAUCCCACUUGAUCAAUCUGUUAUAGCCGCAGUGAUGCCCAAUAUGAUCACUACUUCAGAAGCAGUGAAAAACUACAGUCCUUCCAGAAGAAAAUGCUAUUUUUCUAGCGAGAGAACGUUGAAAUAUUUUAAGACCUACACCCAGCAAAAUUGUCAGAUUGAGUGUAUAACGAAUUAUACUUUACAUGAGUGUGGAUGUGUCGAUUUUUACAUGCCACGUGAAGCUAAUACGCCCAUAUGUGGAACACCUAUGAAAGGGUGUGUUAAAAAAGCGGAUGACGAUCGUUUGGAAGCAGGCAUUAAUGCUCAACUAAGUGAAAAAAUGGGUCUUAAAUAUGAACCUACAAGAGCCUAUAAACAAACCUUGGUCUGUGAUUGUAUGCCUGAAUGUACUUUUAUGUCAUACAUUGUGGAAAAUUCUCAAUCGGACUGGGACUGGGAAAGAAAAUACCAAAUGGAUAGGAAUUCUCCUAGUUACAACAAAUCAACGACUCACAUGUCUUAUUUGCAAGUUUUCUUUAAAUCAAACCAAUUCAUAACAUCAGAUAGGAAUGAGCUGUAUGGUGUUACAGACUUUUUGGCUAAUUUUGGAGGUUUGCUUGGACUUUUUACUGGAUUUUCUGCAUUAUCCUUAGUGGAGAUUUUGUACUUUUUGACUUUAAGAAUUAUCUGUAAUAUUAAGCUUUAUGGGAGAAGGCAUUGGUACGGAGAAGAUAAAUGAAGAAUUGGAAUACAAAAUUUCUUAAAUUUUAUAAAACUUGAUAUUGUAAUAUAAGUAUUUGCCUUUACAUUAACAUUUUC